AUGGAGACCAAGUCCGGCGUCGGCAUUCAAGAUCAUUGGAUGAAGAGUGUUAUGGAGCCGGCCGGUAGUGAAAAACAGAUGCAAAACGACAAUAGAUCUAAUGUGAAGCGCGAAAUAAUGGCUGAACAAUACAAUGGUGGUGGUGACAAUAACGUAACUUAUGAGAUGAAACAACAGCAGAAUGAAACAAGGUAUAGAUGUGAUGUGUGCGAUUUAACAUUCGAGGGUAUGGAAUUUUUGAUGCUCCACAAGAAAUUUCACGGUAAUGACAAAGAUAUUCCGCAAAUGGAACCUGAAGCUCCACCAGUAAAAGAAGGACCGAAGAAGCGGCGUAAAUUUAAGUGUGAUCUAUGCGAUGUUAAAGUGAACUCACAGUACCACCUCGAUAUACACCGCAGUAAACAUGAAGGUAUUACUUCGAAAAAAUAUAUUUGUGAAGUUUGUGACCGUAGUUUCGUCGCAGCACAGUUCCUAAAAAGCCACAUGCAAACCCAUUCUUCAACUAGUACUAUUAACUGUGAGAUUUGUAAUAAAAGUUUUACGGGUCAAGCAUACUUAAAACUUCACAUGCAGCUGCAUAAUGACAUAAAAAAAUUCAAAUGUUCAAAGUGUGACGAAAUGUUGCCAACUAAAAACUGUUUAAAAAUUCACAUGAAGAAGCAUACAAAAGUGAAAAAUUUCAAGUGUGACUUCUGUUCAAAAUUAUUUGUAUCUAAAAUCACUAUGGAGAAACAUAGGCAGACUCAUGAAGGACAGCCAGUCGACUGUCUUGUAAAAUGUACUCAAUGUGAUAGAACUAUGCAUUCAUCAUUACUGAGGACACAUAUUGCUAGGGCUCACCCUCCUAAUGUUGAUGAUGAUGUGAAAAGACCCCACAAAUGUUCAACAUGUGGUAAAAGUUUUAUUGUUAAGAUAAACUUGAAUCUCCACAUCAGGGUUUGUCACCCAGACCUUGCCGAGCCUGAGGAUGAAGAUGAGGAUGUCAUGACAGAUAACUCUUAG